UGAGGAAGAGGAGAAUGUUUCCGGUUGCCUUCCUGGGGAAGAAGAAGAAACGAAAGAAGUAUUCCACUCCCAUUUCGACUACCUGGUUCUUCAAAUCCUCAUAAUGGAUUCUGAAGAAACGCUGAUAUCGGCGCAUUCUAGUGAUGAACACGUCUCCCGAAGCUACACUGGUCAUCGACAGAAUUCGUCUGGAACGUCCAGAGUAUCCCGUACAUCCAGAGCUUCAGGGACAUCCAGAAUAUCGGGAACAUCCAGGGUGUCUAGGACGUCCAGACAUUCUGGAGGAUCGGGAAGUGCUCAAGGGUCUGGUUCAGGCUGCAGGUUAGACGACAGUGGGAGUGGCGGGUGUGCGGCCGAAGCUUCGGGAAGCGGUGUUGUGAUUGACAACAGCAACAUCGGGUACAGUUGGCAACAACCUGGCUCGUAAGGAAGUUGAUAUUCACAAUCUUGCAUAGCAUCUAGCAUAAAGUGACAAUGUUCAUAGGAAACGUUAAGACCUCA